AUGUACGUCGUGGAAGAAUCGGAUGUCGAUGAAAUGAUCGUAGACGUUGAGUUCAUCUCAGUCGUGGAGAAAUCAGACGUUGAUGAAAUCGCGGUAGAUGUUGAGUUCAUCACCGUCGUGGAGGAAUCAGACGUCGAUGAAAUUGGGGUUGAUGUUGAGUUCAUCACCGUCGUGGAAGAUUCGGACGUCGAUGAAAUCGCGGUAGACGUUGAGUUCAUCACCGUUGUCGAGGAAUCGGUGGUAGAUGAAAUAAUUGUAGACGUUGAGUUCAUCUCCGUCGUGGAAGAAUCAGACGUUGGUGAAAUCGCGGUAGUUGUUGAUUUCAUCUCCGCCGUGGAAGAAUCGGACGUUGGUGAAGUUGCGGUAGACGUUGAGCUCAUCUCCGCCGUGGAAGAAUCGGACGUUGGUGAAACCGCGGUAGUUGUUGAUUUCAUCUCCGUCGUGGAAGAAUCGGACGUUGGUGAAGUUGCGGUAGACGUUGAGCUCAUCUCCGCCGUGGAAGAAUCGGAAGUUGGUGAAACCGCGGUAGUUGUUGAUUUCAUCUCCGUCGUGGAAGAAUCGGACGUUGGUGAAGUUGCGGUAGACGUUAAGUUCAUAUCCGUCGUGGAGGAGCCAAUGGUAGAUGUAAUCACGAUAGAAGUUGAGUCCAAUUCUGUCGUGGAGGGGGCAGGAGUAGAUGUCAUCACGGUAGCUGUUGAUCCCAUUUCUGUCGUAGAAAAGGGAUUCGUAGUCAAUGUUGAGCGCUUUUCAGUGGUAGAUGAUUUUUUCGUAGUCGAUGUUGAGCCAAUUUCAGUCGAAGAAGAAAGGUUCUCAGCAGAUGAGGUAGCCGUAGACGUUGUUUUCAUUUCUGGCGUGGAAGAAGGGUUCAUAGUCGGUUGA